GUUCCGGGAGACGCGUUGGCAAUUUCCUAAACACGGCUCAGUCACUUUAGUAUCACCCGAGGCCAGAACAGGGUAGAGGUCGGUGAGUUGGAUAUAACACCGGCUGGAAGGCGACCUGCUGAAACAGAAGACUGCUGAGUACCGAUUUGACAUGAGCAGAGUGCCCUGAAAUGGACAAAGAGAUGAUUCCCAAAUUUUCGUCAAAGGAUGAGGAAGUUGAUUACUGGAAGUCCCAAGCCCUUAAAUAUAAGAAAAGUUGCCAAGAUGCCCAGGAGGAGCUGCAGGAGUUCCAGGAAGGGAGCCGGGAGCUGGAGGCAGAGUUGGAGGCACAGCUUGGCCAGGCCGAACACCGCCUUCGAGACCUCCAAAGCGAAAACGAGAGACUGAAGAAUGAGAUGGCCAACCUCAAGGAGAAGCUGGAGCAGCAGUAUGCCCAGAGUUAUAAACAGAUUUCUAUGCUGGAGGAUGACCUGGGCCAGACACGCAGCAUCAAGGAGCAGCUCCACAAAUACGUCCGAGAGCUCGAGCAGGCCAACGAUGACCUGGAGAGAGCCAAAAGGGCAACAAUUGUGUCUCUGGAGGACUUUGAGGGCCGUUUAAACCAGGCCAUUGAGAGAAACGCCUUCCUGGAAAGUGAGCUGGAUGAGAAGGAGUCUCUUCUAGUAUCUGUGCAGCGGCUGAAAGAUGAAGCACGAGAUCUGAGACAGGAGCUGGCAGUGCGGGAGAGGACCACAGACAGGAUGUCGGCACCCAGCUCACCCACCUUAGACAUUGACAAGAUGGAUUCAGCAGUACAGGCCUCUUUAUCCCUCCCAGCCACACCUGUAGGAAAGAGCAUAGAGCAUCCCUUCAUCAGCCCAAAAGUACUGACCAAUGGCUGUGGCAACUCAUCCCUCACUCCCUCUGCUAGAAUCUCAGCUCUUAAUAUUGUUGGUGAUCUCCUGAGGAAAGUUGGGGCUUUGGAGUCCAAACUAGCUGCCUGCAGAAACUUUGCCAAAGACCAGGCAGCAAGAAAAAAUUAUUCCAAAGACAACGGCACAGUCAUCAACAGCAACGCCACCAAGUUCUCCCAUACUCUCCAUACCACUUAUUUCGACAAAACGACUGUUAAUGGAUUGGACCCCAGCUCCUUGACCUCCAUGGCUGCAUCCAGAGCCGUGUCUCCGCCAGGCAUGCUGCCUCUGAGCGUGUGAUGCAUCCCCAUACCACGUAAACCUCUGCUAAAACUUGCAACACAUAAACAGAGAGGACACUUGAAAGACCAUUACAUUGUGUGCUAAGUGUGUGUGUGUGUGUGUGUAUGUAUGAGAGAGAAAGGAGAAAGAGAGUGUGCUUAAAAUGAAGUGUGUGUUUUUUUUUUUCCUGUUUGGGUUUGUGCAUUUUUGGACAUGAUGUGUGAAAGAGGGAGCUUGACAAUAUGAUGUUUGCAGCUCUAAAUGCAUCUGUGAGUAGGUGCAUACGUUCCUACCACAUAUUUGCAUGUGCCUAAAGCUGUACUGUGCUUGUAUGAAUGUAACUGCAAAUGCGUUGCUCCCUGGAUGUCACCUCUGAAGUGACACACCACUAUUACACUAUUAUUCUCAGUUCCUCUGAUCAUUUCAAAAGCUAUUAUCCCUGACAAAAGGUCCUUAAGAGACCACAGCUUCUUAUCUUGUCCUUCUGUAUUUUCACUUAAAUUGCACAGAUAAAAUAUUUUCAGUUUAGAAUGUAUUAUAUUUAAAAAGGGAUAUGUUCAUAUUAACUAAUUUAUCUCACAGUAUGCUUUAAAAUGCAAUGCUUAUUAUUUGCUAUUUUUUUUCUGCAUGUGUGCGUAUGUAACGUGGGGCUGUAGAGGUACAGUGGGACCUCACGUUCUUGACUGAAGUGAAUGUUGAUCAUUCAAAGCCAUGUAGUCAUAUUGCUGUCAUUCCUCGUGCUAAUGGCUACUUGCUGUAAUCCAGUUUUCUCCAUGUUAAAGCUUGGAAAUAUCAGCUGGUUCUGUCCUCUGGGUUCAACCUGCACUUAAACUGCUCCUCACGGGUUGCGCUGCAGUCGAGCGUUUUCCUCUGUGGACUUCCACUGACAUUUUGGGGGAGCAGUUUUGCCUUUUUUUUUUUUUUUUUUUUUAAAUGUUAAACAUAUAGAUUUUUUUUAAAUCUUGUGACAGGUUUAUUGACCUCAGUCUGAUGGUUGAUUCAUAAUAGAAGUAGGUGAAUUUGGCUUCAUUAAACUCUUACAAAAGGAUACUUGAAGCAAAAUAUCUGAUUCAAUGAUGUUUUUUGAAACUGUCUAACUUUGGCUGGUGUAAAUGAGUUCAUGGUCCAUUGUGACCUUUGUGUCACGCAGCACAUUUGCUGAUAUUGUCUGUUAUUUUGUGAACUUAAUAUUAAUUUGACUUGACUCUUGGAUUUUUAACAGGUUGGACAGUGUAAGUGCAUUCAUUGCAUACCCCAGAAUCUUGUCUAAAUCCAUUUUUCCCCACAUAUUUGUCUUUCCCAUAGACCUUUAUGUCACCACCACUUAAGUAGAAGCCUUUUGUAUUAAUUGGAAUUUGAUAAUACGAGAUGUUAUUUGGGCACCUUUCUGCGCCUGUUACUUGUAAACAGCUUCUAAGGAUGGAAUUUUGCCUCAUUUGUACAUAUUGACAUUUGGCAUUAAAGUCCUAUUUAUUUCAGAAUUCUUUAUGGCAUGUGCAGAUAAUGAAUGGUUAAAGCCAUUAUAUUAUGCUAUCCACUGUUUUGUCAAAAUUGUUUAAGUAAAUAAAGACUGAGACAACA